AUGGAGAUCAGUGGCCUCCCGCUGGAGUUGUGGCGUUUGAUCCUGUCCUACAUGCGCCUCCCUGACCUUGGCCGCUGCAGCUUGGUUUGCCGUGCCUGGUACGAGCUCAUCCUGAGCCUGGACAACACCCGAUGGAGGCAGCUGUGCCUCGGCUGCAUCGAGUGCCGACAUCCGAACUGGCCCAACCAGCCUGACGUAGAGCCUUGGUCGUGGCGGGAAGCCUUCAAGCAACAUUACCUCGCUUCAAAAACCUGGACAAAAAACAGUCAAGAUCUUGAGGCCUCCAACUGUUUCUACUUGUUCAGGAGGAAAAAAGACAGGCGUGUGCUUUGCGUUGGGCCCGGCUGCGAGUUUGACAACCUCAGGAGAGCUUUGCUUUCGGCUGGUGUUUAUGACAGGAUUGUGCUGUUGCCGGGGGUGUAUGAAGAACAGAGCGAAAUCUUCCUCAAGGCCCCGGUGGAGAUCAUGGGGAGAGGCAAGCUUGGUGACGUGGCUCUCCUAGCCAGCUUUGACCAGCACUGUCCGACCAUGAGGCUAUGCAAUUUGGUAUUCAUGCCUGCCUGGUUCACACCAGUUCUCUAUAAGACGACCUCAGGCCACGUUCAGUUUGACAACUGCAACUUUGAGAGUGGACAGCUGCAGGUUCACGCCCCGGGAACAUGCCAGGUUAAAUUCUGCACUUUCAACCAGUCCAGCAUCAGUUUCCACAGCGUCGCCAUCUCCAUCCUUGAAAACUGUGAGUUUGUUGGGAGUGAAAACGCUUCAGUGACCGUAGAAGGUUGUCCUUCUUUGGACAGGAACUGGGCCUGUAAGCACUUGACCAUGCUGGCCAAGUCCCGCUCUGUUUUAUUACAGACAUCGGAGCCACCGCUUUGCAAUAUAUCAAAGUUUGAAAACCAAGGACAUCUACCAACGGGGAACAUGAGGGCCUGUGAAAUUGUGGUAGGUGAGGAUCCAGGCCACUUGUUCUCUGCUUUGCGGACUGAAGCGGUGCUAAACGGAGCUUGUGAAAAGGAGAACGAUCUCUCUGGGAACUUAACCGUGGCAUACAAAGAACGGGCCAUGGCCAUGGAUAUGGAUUCUAGUGAUAGUGAACUGAGCAUGAGCAGUGAGAACGAGGAGGAGUCAGAAUCGGCAUACAGACUUCCGUACCGGGCCCACGGCCUGAGCCACCAGCUGGCCAAAGUUAUUCACAGCAGGCCUCAAGCCAGCGGGUUGACAGCUCUUCAGAAUGACUAUGAGCUAAAAAGUCUGCCUCAGGAGAUCCAGAAAAAUAAGGAGGUCCAUGCUCUGGCCAACUCAGUGCAAGGGUGCCUCGUUCGGAAGUGCCUUUUCAGGGAUGGAAAGGGUGGCGUUUUUGUUUGCUCUCAGGGGCAAGCCCGAGCGGAGGGGAGCAUCUUCAGAGACUUGACCUAUGCUGUGCGAUGCAUACAAAACAGUAAGAUCAUCAUGCUGAAGAAUGACAUUCACCACUGCAAGACCUCAGGGAUAUUUCUCCGCCUUGGUGCAGGAGGCUUGAUAGCAGAUAAUGACAUCCAUUCCAACUGUGAAGCGGGCAUUGACAUUCGGAAAGGAGCCAACCCUCUGAUUCUGUGUAAUAGGAUCCACACUGGCCUUCGCUCUGGCAUCGUUGUCCUUGGCAACGGGAAAGGCAUCAUCUGUAGCAAUCAAAUAUAUGGAAAUAAGGAGGCUGGCAUUUACAUUCUGUACAAUGGCAACCCUCUGGUGAGUGGGAACCAUAUCUUUCAGGGACUUGCUGCAGGCAUUGCUGUGAACGAGAAUGGAAGAGGCCAAAUAACAGAAAAUGUCAUCCGAGAGAACCAGUGGGGAGGUGCUGAUAUCCGCCGGGGAGGUGACCCCGUCCUUAGAAGUAACCUCAUCUGCUGUGGAUAUUCAGACGGUGUGGUGGUCGGAGAGCGCGGGAAAGGACUUAUUGAAGGAAACACCAUUUAUGGUAACAAGGGCUGUGGAGUCUGGAUAAUGUCCUCAAGCCUCCCUCACAUCACUAGUAACCAAAUUGGCCACAACAGCAUCUAUGGGGUUGCAGUGUUUUGCCGCAAGGAUGAUGCCAUUGAAUACCUUGCCAACCAAGGGGGCAAUGAGAACUUCAACGAUGAGGGAGAAGCUGCCAACUGGGAGAAUGAGCUGGAGAGCGAGGACGAGCGCCUGACUUCCCGCAGGCCCAUCAGUGUGGCGCUGGUGGAGUCGAACAGCAUCAACCACAAUGGGGCUGCUGGUUUAUACGUCAAGAGCAGCGAGGCCCUGAACAUCAUAGGAAAUGCCAUCCAUGCCAACCACGACUGUGGGGUCUCUGUCUCUCAGAGCUCCCAGCUCACCCGAAUAGCAAACAACAGCAUUUCUUGCAACAGCCUGGGUGGAGUCCUAGUGGAAGCAGAGUGCCGGGUGGACCUUCGUGGCAACGGCAUUUAUGACAACAGCAGCCACGGGAUUGCUUCCAAGGGUGACGGUGUCAUCGCUGAGAACGAUAUCCUAGGAAACCAGGGGUGCGGCCUCCGGUUGUUGCAGGCAGCAGAUAUGAAGGUAACCAAAAACAGAAUCCAUUCCUUUCGAGGUUAUGGGAUUGAGAUGCUUGAUCAGACCAAAGGCGUGGUGCAAGAUAAUGUGAUUUUUCAAGGGAAGUCCAAAAGGGCCAUUUUGCAGCAGACGUCCUGCGGGGACGGGUGCAUCAUUCAGAAUAACAAGUUCAUUGCCUUUAAAAAAAAGCCCGAUGCUGCCUGGACCCUGGAAAACCCUCCAGCACGCCCUCACAUCGAAGGAUCCUCUCGAGGCGUGUCAAUAAUUGGGAACAAUCAAAAAGUCACAAACAUGACUGCCAGAAUAGCUGCCCGAGUGGAUGGAGGUUGCCAUAACAACAGCAGCAUUUUCUGCACUAUUCUGUGACUCCUGUGCGUUUCUUUCAAGCUUUUCUUUAGCUCAGAGACCAGCCUUGGGACACUUCCUCUGUGUGUUCGUUGCAGAAGCUCAUGUUGAGUUGUUUAUUUAAUUACUAGUGUGAUGUCCCAGCCAGUGUGAGGGGAGCGUAAUUGGAAAGGUGGCCAUAACACACAACCUUGCCCCGCUGUCAGGCCCUGUGGUCUCUGCUGCAUCUUCUGCACCCGCAUCUCCUGAUCUCCUUCCUCUCAUCCCUCCAGCAGCAGCCCAUCCCUGGGGCUGUGUUUGUAAGGGGGAGGAAAAAAACAAUUUCUCACCCUGCCAUAAAGCUUGCAGGGUGG